UCAUAGUAGCAGGAGCUAGGAAUAGAAUAAUAUGGCCACGGAAGACGAGAUCAAGCGUAUGGACACUGAGACGAUCAGGGAGCAUCUGUUCCAUAUCACCAUGGAAAACAAAUGGAAAGAAGUUGUUAUAACCUACAAGCUGAACCCAGAGGCUCACGAGGCAAGGAUCACCAGCGCAGGGGACACAGCAUUGCACAUAGCAGUGUCCGAGCGGCAAGAAGAUUAUGUUAAGGAACUGGUAAAACUAAUGCCCAAUGAAAAGCUAAAAACGGAAAACAAGCGAAGGAACACCCCUCUCCACAUUGCAGCAUCAAUGGGGAAUGAGAGGAUGUGUGAAUGCAUUGCCACACGCGAUCCGUUGUUGGUUGGUGCUUUUAACGCUGACAAGGAGACUCCUCUCUUCUUGGCGGCUCUCCAUGGCAAAAAAGCUGCCUUCUUAUGCCUCCACAACAUAUGCAUCGCCUCCCCGGAUGGUAAGCAGAAACUCAACGACUAUUAUAGAAGGAAGGACGGCGACACUAUCUUGCAUUGCGCAAUUUCAGGGGACUACUUUGAUCUGGCAUUUCAGAUCAUUCACCUUUAUGAAAAGCUUGCUGAUACUGUCAAUGAGAAAGGGGUUUCCCCUCUCCAUCUUCUGGCCGCUAAGCCUUCUGCCUUCAGAACUGGUAGCCAUCUUAGCAGAACCGACAGCAUCAUAUAUCAUGCUCUACAUGUCGAUAAGCUUAAGGUGGAGCCACCGGAUAGCUCUAAUCAAGGGGGAAUUAAUAAGACAAACAAACAGGAAAAGGACAUCAACUUCAUUAGGUUGUUCCGGAAAUUGAUUGGUGUUGUUAUCUUUAACCGGAGCUCUCAGAGACCUGAUCCAGAGACCCCUUUUGUUCCUCCUACCAACGAAGGAAAUGCAGAGACCCCUGUUGCUCCUCGUACCAACGAAGGAAAUCAAGAGACCCCUGUUCCUCCUACCAACAAAGAAAAUCCUCUGUGGAAGAAGAUAAGAAAGAUAAGGGAAAAGAAAGAAAAGCACAAAUGGUCAGUUCAGAUUAUGAAUGAACUGCUAGAACGUACUACCAUGUAUAAGUACCGAAACAACAGCGGUAUGCAUCCAAAGUCACACAUAGACGAUGGGGAGACAAUGCCUUAUCAAAUUUUCGGUGAUGAUGACAAAGUCAUCUUGAAAGGCGAUGAAGCUUCAGAAGAUGGCCAUAAUAAGGAGACAAAUCUUGAUAACCAAAAUAUCGUACAAGGUUCGAGCAAAAGAAAAAAGAAAAAGAAAAAACAAAUACGAGCUAUUUUGCUCCCACCUUGGGAUAAGUUAUUGAGUAAAUCAACGGAGCAGCCAAGAAGUAAACCGGAUGAUGUCUUUGUAAAACAUUCCGUGCCACGGCACGUCUAUGCCCAUACCAAUUUGAAGGGACAGACGGCAAAGGACAUCUUCACCGAAACCCACAGUGGAGUCAUCGAAGCCGGAGCAAAGUGGCUCACCAGCACCUCCGAGUCCUGCUCCGUCGUAGCAGCCCUCAUCGCCACCGUCGCCUUUGCCACCUCAACCACCGUCCCAGGUGGCGUCAAGGAUGAUAGCGGCAAACCAACCCUCGAAAACCAGCCAGCUUUUGGCAUCUUCGCCAUUUCAUCGCUGGUCGCCCUCUGUUUCUCCGUCACGGCCCUUGUCAUGUUCCUAUCCAUUCUGACGUCCCGGCAUCAAGACAAGGACUUCGCCAAAGACCUGCCCAGGAGGCUUCUGGUAGGGCUGACGUCGCUGUUCGUGUCCAUAGCUUCCAUGUUGGUUUCCUUUUGCGCCGGGCAUUUCUUCGUGAUUAGAGACAAGUUCAAAUACGCUGCGUUUCCAGUUUAUGCAAUUACAUGCUUGCCUGUUACGUUUUUUGCUUUGGUGCAGUUUCCACUCUAUGUUGAUCUCGUAAGGGCAACUUUUACAAAGGUACCACAGCGCAGUUACAAGGUUCGGUUGGAUCUACUUUACUUCCGAAGAGGCUAACUCAUUACACAUAUAUUUCUACUUUAUUAUUUAUUUUAGUCUCUCGCUCUUAAUUUGAUGGGAUUUGUGCUAAACAUAUAUAAUUUUGUGUA